CAGUGUCUGGGAUUCAGUGGUAGGGAUGUUGUGUUUGGGGAGGGUCGACUUUCAGCUGACAUUGAGAGUGACGGUCUGUGCUUCAUGUAACAUCUCUGGACGCUCAUGGUAGACGGAGCUGCUCCUGUCUCUGGCUCUUUCCCCCUGUCCUUCAGCACCACAGAAUUGGACAGCACCAGGCAACCAGACCCUCGUUCACCUUACCCCUCAGGAUAGCUGUUCGUUUCACUUGACUUUAUGGAAACAUUUUGCACGGGUUUGGACAAGUAAAAUUCCAAGUGUUCGAAUUGGAGAGGAACCAACGGAUACGCACCGCCACAACCAAACUGGCAGGAAAACUGUUCCAGUGUCAGUGUCAAGCUUCUUUGGCGUUUUUUGACUCUAGUCGUGGGUUACGCGAACCGCGAAGCUGCUGUCUACGUGGACCGGUGCUGAACUCUCCCGUCCCACUGCCAGGACCAAACCCAGAGACAUGGCCACGAACGGCACGAAAGCAUCCGAUGGACACGUUUUAACAGAGCUGAACGAAGCGCCCACCGCCAAUGACAAACCAAAAACUCUGGUGGUGAAAGUUCAGACGAAAAAGGAACUUCCCGACAGAGAAACGUGGCAGGGAAAAUUUGACUUUCUUCUGUCUUGUGUUGGCUAUGCCAUUGGACUUGGCAAUGUCUGGAGAUUUCCCUAUCUAUGUGGAAAAAACGGAGGCGGGGCGUUCUUGAUUCCUUACUUUUUGACGCUCAUAUUUGCUGGGGUCCCGUUGUUUCUUCUGGAAACGGCCCUCGGUCAGUACACGUCCAUUGGUGGUCUUGGAGUGUGGAAACUGGCCCCUAUGUUCAAAGGUGUUGGCCUGGCAGCAGCAGUCCUGUCGUUCUGGCUUAACAUUUACUACAUAGUCAUAAUCGCUUGGGCAAUUUACUACCUGUAUAACUCAUUCACCACAGUAAGUACACAUUUUCCACUUUAGGUGUCAAAUGUAAAAUUGCUCAAAUAUCAGACUA